CAGUGAUGCCAAUCUCCUCCAUAUUUCGUUAUUAACCGGAAGUAAUGACGAAAUGACGUCACUUCCUGGUAACUUAGACUGUUUAUGCUAUGACUUCCCUGACUUUGAUGCAUGCCGAGUAUUGUGUACAUUAUUUGAGACAGAAAAAAUGCCAGUUACUUGGCAUCACAGUUUUGCUCCUUCAGUCUCUUCCAUUUGUUCCUCCUUAAGAAAGAACUAUUCUCACAUUGAGGCAAAGACAGGCUUAGAUGUCUACUUCAUAAAAGAACUGGUCUGUUUCAUUGAAUCAGAAUUUAAAGAAGUAGAUGAAGAUGAUCAUGAGCAGAGAUUCAUUGUAUUUCAAAGAGCAUUUAAUAUGGUAAUUGAACAUGUCCAAAAUUAUAAAUUACUCUUGACAUCAAUAAAAAAAGAAUACGAAGAUGUGAUUGAGACUCUUCGCUAUGCCAAACAACGAAAUCCGACACUCAAAACCCAAAUAAUUAGAUUAUCUACUCAGGGUUCAACAAUUCACAAUUUUAAAGUGAGAAUUUACCAGCUUCAAGAAUUACUAGCUAUACAGAGAGGUCAUAACAAAAACCUUGAAAAGAAACGAGAUGAAUUAUUCAAUAGAAGCCCAGAUUGUCUGAAAUUUAUGGAAAAAAAGAACCAAACAAAUGAAAAGGGCUUGGAUAAACGAGUGAUUCCAGGUAUCACACUUGAGCAGUCUACAGAUGUAAAUUAUCUGAAUUCUAUUUUAAAGAAAGUAACCAGGUGUGUGAAAGACAUGAAUUUAAAAUUAAAGACAAAAUAUGUUCCAAAAUCUGAGAAGCACAAAUUGAAGAACUUAUUGAAAGCAAAGAUAACAGAAAGAGACCAGUUGAUUAAUGAAGGCCAUUACUUGAAGGCCAAAAGGCAAAGAAUCAAAGUUGGCUAUGAAGCAGCACUGGCAUAUAAUGACAUACGACCUCCCCAUUGGUCUGUUGGUGACAUUGUGGCACACGCUUUGCGUUUAUCUGUUGAUACCACAAUUGAUGAAAAAGACAACACAUUGUAUGCAGUGGCCACCAGCACUGUAAAAGUAUUACAAGAACCAGAACCAGAUGAUGAAAAAGAGGCUGAACUUAUGUUGGAGAACAUUGAAAUAUUUAAUGAAAUGUUUGAAAACCUACUUUACGCCGAAGCUGCAAUGCAUGCUGCUGUCUGCCCCAAAGGCAUUUUACGCACAAUGGCUACAUUUCAGAGAUUCAAAGAUUUACAGACAGUACCUGGUGAGCGACCUUCACCAUCCUUUAUCUUCUGCAAGGCUUUACUCUCAACAGUGGAAGAUGAAAACCAAAUACCAGAUGAAGAAAUAUCCUUAGAAUGUAUACGUUGUACUUUAGAAGAAAGAGAGUUUCAAUUGCUGUUCUUUUGGUUGUCCCAAAAAAAAUUAACAAUCACAAAAGCUGCAGGUGAUUUGAUUAAAGAAUAUUGCAAGUGUUCAAUGAUCUGUACAUGUGGGUGCCUCUCGUUAGCUGAAUUUAUUUACACACAGUUGGGUCUUUAUAAAGAGGCUACUUUCACAUUGCUGAAACAAAACCGCAUCAUUUAUGGUUUAUACUAUGCCCAAUCUCUGGCUGAAUUUGAAAGCAGUGACUAUGAAGCAGCUUUUGAUGCCUGCCCAACUCUUCAGUUUGCUAGUUCAUUGGUAUUGAAUACUGAUUUACAAAGCAAUACCAUUAAACCAUUGAUAAGUUUCCCUAGAAUGUUUACACUUUUAAUUGAAAAAAACAACAUCAACCUUAUGCAGACGUUUUGGAGAAAAAUUACAUACAAAGCUUCAGAUGAUACAAACGGCCCAAUUGUUCACGAUUUAAUGGCCCUUGAAGAAUUUCCACUUGAUGACAGUUGGCAUGAUCUUGUCAUUAAACUUGACCAAAUAGGAGAAGAACAAAUUGCAGUGGAAUUGCAAGCAUUGAUUUUCUCUCAUAGUGUCUUGAAUUCAGCUUUAAAGACAUGUCAUGAUCUGAAUGAAUUAAAUUUACUUUAUUAAAAAAUGAUAUCUUUAUCUUUCUUUAAACAUCAGAAUAAAAUAUUUUCAUUAAAAUAAUAAAAAACAAGAGUACUCAGAGAGUGCAAGCCAACACCAAUGUCCUCUCAAUGAUUAGCCAGAGAUGAUUUUUUAAAUGAGAAUAUCUGAAAUAAACUCGACUGCUCUCACAAACGAAAGUACUAAAAAUGAACUCAACCACUCUCAAAAAUUAAGUAAAACAACAGGAAAAAUAAUCCAGAAUCCUUGUCCAGUACUGGAUGGAUCCCAAAAUCUAAUCAGUUUGUGCCAGUCAUGAGGCCAAAUAUCCCUGAAAAUUUCAUCUGAAUCCAUUCAGUGGUUCUUGAGAUAUCUUGUCCACAGAUAAACAAAUACAGCUGAAAACA